GGUUCCUCAAAAUUUUGACAGAAAUGUCGGUCUGUCAAGGUGACUAGAUUUGAACAUUUUGUAAAUGUUCUAAAAACAUAAACUUUAAUUACAUUUAUCGUAUUAUUUAUUAAUAAGAUGUUGAAGUAUAGCGGAUUAAUGAUUUUGAGGUUAGGUUCAAGAAAUUUUUUGCGGAAUUAUUCUGCUACUGGUGCCACUAUAUUUAAAAAUACCACCGAAACUUCUGGCACUGUCACUGAUAAAAACGCGGAGGAAUCAGCCUUUCCAUCAAAGGAAGGCUCAGGUUUACUAGCAGCAGCAUUUGCAUCCUUAAAUGAGGUAGAGGUUGACAAUAGGAAACCUAGUCCGAAAUCAUUUAAGCAGAGCAAGACACAACAAAUUGAUGGUCAAAUAUCUAAAGCCAAUGACAUAAAUAGUCUUCUACUCGUUGCUGAAAAUCCUAUUGUGUCCAGAAGACAUGCUCUUAAGAUGGUCUCAAUAUUGUCAGAAUGGUCGAGCGCCAACAAGGUGAAUCUGGCGGACUUUGAAAAGGAUCCAAGAUUCCUCAAACUCUGCAGGAUCCUGGCUCGGACACCGGCCAGUCAAGCUAUGAGUUCUCUCACUAUGGCAGAAGAUUUAAGCACAGUUCUGGGUAUCACCGGAGAUGAUGAGGCGGCAAGGUUGAUCGCGAAUUUGUCGCUAUCCCAAAUGAUAAAGGUGAUGAAAGCUCUACAACAGAAGGGUCGUAGGAGCACACCAUUACUCCGAGCACUGUCGUUUAACAUAACCAAACAGUCUGAGCAAUUGGAUCUAAAGAAAUCAGCUGAUCUUCUCUUCUCUAUGGCUUCUUUGAACUUCCCAGAUCCAUUAUUAUUAGAUAGGAUUUGCAGUGAUACAAUAGACUGUCUGCCGUCAAACGAAGACAAGCCAGCAGUGAUCAACUCAAUCAUAGUGUCACUCGGGUUGCUCAAACACCGUCAUGAAGCUGUGCUGACAGCACUAUCGGAGUGGUUACAGUCACACCGACACAUAUGUCGAGUUGGAGAUAUCGCAUCAGCUGUUGUUACCUUUGCUACACUGGAUUUUAUACCGCCACAAGCUGACAGUAUUAUUGAGGCAGCAUCUCGUCUUAAGGAGGAGGAGAUGGCGAAGGCGUCGUCGUGGCUGGACCUGGUGUAUGCUCUACUUAUCCUGGAGAGGGUGGAGCAGCAUCACCUCGUGUCCACCUUACAGCCAGACUUCAUCGACAAGCUUCUAUCAUCUGGAGAGAUUCCAAUACCAUCACGUCGCAAGCUGAUGUCCAUAGACGCGUACGUAGGGCUCAAAUUCCCAUCAAACAAGAUCCGCCUCGCUGAGGACAUAUCAGUGGGAGUUCCUAUCAUGCAUACAAAGGAAAAGGUGCUUUAUGUACAGAGCAUUAUGGACACAUUUAAGAGUUUAGUCUCAGCCGAGACGUUCCUGAGACGGGAUUGUCAGACGGGAAUGGGCUUCUUGUAUGACGCUGAGUUCGCGGUGGACUCCAAAUGCCAUCCGGUGCCACUCGAUAAAGUUGACAAAAGAAAUGACGUUCACCGGAUAGCUGUGCUCGGCUUGGACUACCACGACAUGAGUCGCGGGACCGCCCACCCCCUGGGAACGAUACGCCUGUACGAGCACCUCCUCACGCUCAAGGGUUACAAAGUACUUAAGAUUCCGUACACUGAGUUCAACCCGAAGGACAAGUUGGUGACCAGGGUGCAGUACAUAGAGAGCCGUCUGAAGGAACUAGUGAGACAGUCCCGGAGCUAGUGAUAUUUGUAUGAUAGUAAUGAGACAAACAGUUGCAGAUCAUCCGACACACAGCAUGUAGCAUGUAUCAGUGACGGUCAUAGCUUGAUAUAAACAACGGCUGAUGCCAGCGCAUACAUGCUUAAUACUGUUAUGUUAUUUUUAAACAAAACAGAUAGACAAAAUACUUAAGUAAAUAAAUUAUUUCAUAUUAUUAAAGUUUUCAGUGAACAAUCUAUUAAUAACCUUAUAUGUAUAUAUAUAUUUUGAUUUAUAUUAAACAAAUGUAAUUUAUAUAAUAUGUUAUAAUACAUAUGGAAACUGCUCCUUAUUUGAUAUUAGGUAACACAUUGCAACUGACACGCCGUUAGUGUGGAAUAAUAUAGUACGAAUGUUAUUAACUAGCUGAUGCCCGCGGC